CCUCAACAAAGAAAUGCUAGCUCGCUCUUUUCCCGCCAAAAUUCGGAGCAAGCGAAUCGUGGAGCAGCCAUGAGAGCAGCAGCUGCUCGUGCCGCCAGCACCACCCAUCGAAUCCUCCUCCCUCUCUUCCUCUUCGCCGCCCUCUGCGAGUCCGACCCCGACCUCCUCCUCGACUACUGCGUCGCCGACACGGCGGCGGCCGCGUCGCUCCACCUCAACGGUCUUCCCUGCAUCGACCCGGCGCGCGCCCGCGCGGAGCACUUCGCCACGUCGGCGCUCUCCCGGGCGACGAACCCGUCAUCCGCCACGCCGUUCGGGUUCAACGCGACGGUGACGAGCCCCGCGGCGUCCCUCCCCGGCGCGAACGCGCAGGGGCUCGCCAUGGCGCGCGUCGACCUGGCCCCGGGCGGCGUGGCGCCGCCGCACUCCCACCCGCGCGCGUCGGAGGUGGCGCUGGUGCUCGCCGGGAGCGUCCUCGUCGGGUUUGCGGACACGUCGUACCGGCUGUACACGCAGCUGCUGCGCGCCGGGGAGGCGUUCGUGUUCCCGAGGGGGAUGGUGCACUUCAUGUACAACGUGGACGUGGCGGCGCCGGCCGUGGUGCUGUCGGGGCUCAACAGCCAGAGCCCCGGCGCGCAGCUCGUGCCGCUCUCGGCAUUCCGGACGGAGCCCCGGAUGCCGGAGGAGAUACUCGAGAAGGCGUUCAAGAUCAACGGCCAGGACGUGCACAGGAUCCAAAGAAACCUCGGCGGAUAGUCUUAGCAGUCAUAAGAAGGAAGAAAACUGACCUUUAUCUGAUUUUGCAUAAGGCCAUGCCAUUCUGUGGAUUAAUAAAGUUUGACCAUGGAACGACUAGAAAAAUAAAAUGACACCGGAAACGGGCCGAAACUAAAGUUUGGGCCCAUCAAUAUCUGUCUCUCUUUUGCAUGUCCAUGGCCCAGUAGAAAUGUAGAAUACCCUGGAGAGAAAUAUGAACAGGUAAGAAAAGGUUUUCAUGAAAAAGAA